AUGCUUAAUAUGUCAAAUCUUUUUGGCGAAAUAUGCCAAUUAUUUUGCUGUCCUCCACGACCUUCUCACAUUGUUGCCAAAUUAGCAUUUCUUCCACCACCACCGACUUAUUCCAUCACCACGUCGGCUAAUGAUUCUACCUGUCGCAUUGAGUUUAAACCUGAAUCUGGUUGGCAAAUUUCUGAAGAUAUAAAAUCCAAGCUGACUGUCUUCUAUACAUUAACGAAGCGUCAAUCUCGUAUUGUUUGUAUGCAUAUUCCAGCAAACUCUGUUGUGUCACCAUCAAAGUUCUCAUCAAACCUAUCUUCACGACGUGGUUUAACCUCACAAUCGAGAAUAAGAAGCCCUGCACUUAGUGUCAGUUGUCCAACUCUUACAGAUGAAGGUAGAUUUGGAUCAAUUCCUCCCGUUUUUUCUGGUGAUUCACCACACCAGGCAACCUACACAGUUUUAUUUAGUCAUGGCAAUGCAGUUGAUAUUGGUCAGAUGGCUGGAUUUCUUCAAUCAUUAGCCUAUCGUUUUGGUGUAAAUAUAUUAUGCUAUGACUAUUCAGGUUAUGGUGCUAGUUCUGGUCAACGCUUAGAAGAGAAUUUGUACGCAGAUGCUGAUGCAGUAUUGCAUGAAUUACGAGAACGUUUCAAUGUACCACUCAAUCGUGUUGUUCUAUAUGGACAAAGUAUUGGAACUGCACCUACAGUUGAACUAGCAACAAAAUACAAGGUUGCGGGUGUUGUUCUUCAUUCUCCAUUCAUGUCUGGUCUACGCGUUGUCUGUCCGGGAACAACUCGUCGAUUCUGUUUUGAUCCUUUUACCAACAUUGACAAAGUAUCUCGGAUUCUUUCACCGACGUUAAUUAUCCACGGAACUGAUGAUGAAAUCAUUGGUAUUGACCAUGGCAAGGAAUUGUAUUCUCGACUGACUUAUCCUCUUGAACCUGCCUGGAUUGAAGGAGCAGGUCAUAAUGAUAUUGAACUGUUUUCUGAGUAUGCAUCUCGACUAGACCGGUUUUUCAAUGAAGAUAUUAUUGAUUUACAAUGUGAAAGUUCCUUGAAUAUGAUUACUUCUGUAGGAGAACCAGUUCAUACCCAAGAAUCUCCACUUGUCUGUCAACAGACAUCAUUUCCUAGCCAAUCUAGUAUGAGACUUUCUACCAAAUUAAAAGAAAACAUGAUUUCAAGUUCUCAGUCUCCCACAUAUAGCAAUACCGCUGAAGUCUUUGAUGGUACAGUAGAUACAGUUACGUCAAGUGUAUCCGCAGAUUCUACUUCUACUGUAACAAAUGUAUUUAAAUUUGAACCCCUCGCUGAUGAUAAUGUAGAAGCUUCUGGUGGUGACAAUAAGCAUGGCACAAAUGGUAUUAAGAGUAAUACAAUAUCGUCUUUAACCACCUCUUCAGAUAAUGUCAGCAGCACACCUAGUGGAAUUCCGUCCACUUCUAUUUUCGGUUUAAUUUUGGGGGGUAGUGUCCUACAAUUUAUUAGCGAAAAUACCAGGAUGUAUGGAAAUUGA